AUGAACAUCACCGAGCUUAUCACCUCAUUCCGCAGCCGUGAUGAAGAGCAGAAUAUAAGCAAGGCAAGAUGGUAUAUAUUGGCGGCCGCUGCCCUUGCGUCUGUGGGAGCUGGCGACGAGAUCGUCAGGCUUUAUGAAAUAUCAACAGAAGACCUGGACCUUGAAGACAAAAAAAUUGUCCAACGAAGAAUCAAAGAGUCAGUUUUGAAGGGAACCGUUUUUUACGGUGUUCCUCGUUCAGCGCAAGCUUUAUUGCCUCUUUUCAAGACUUUGCCAGAGGAAGAAAUCGACCGUUUUAGCCCGAGAAUGAGUUACCAAGGGGACGCCAACGAAGAGCAGAAAAGAGCAGAGCGGGGGCGAGUAUAUUUCGACAAGUUAUGGGGUGCAGAGGCUGGACAGGCAAAUCGAGACCUUAUACGCAAUUAUUUCCCUGACCUAUAUCUCCUGAAUCUCAAGAUGAUAUACGAGUGGUAUCUCAGCGAGGAUGCAAUUUUAUCCGACGUCGAGACCCAGAUGUGCAAUUCGGCAGCACUGAGCUGUUUAGAUUCUCCUGUUCAGGCAAUGUGGCAUACACGAGGGGUCAUUCGGCUUGGGGGCACGUUAGAUGAUGCUCGACUUGCGCAAGAUCUGGGGAUGAAAAUUGCCCGUGCCUACGGUUGUAUAACCGACAAUAUUGUAAUGGUGGAUGAUCUUGACUUCGAAAACAACACCCUCUCAUGA